AUGCUGCAGACGACAGAAGAGAUUUCGUCCACUAGUGACACUCCUGAUAAAACUGUGAACAGCAUUAAUGUUAUGAAACGUGGUAUAAAUCAUACUGGAGAGAAGCAAUUCAAAUGUGUUGUUUGUGCAUAUGCAUGCAGCCAGAGCAGUAGUCUGAAGAGGCAUAUGAGAAUACAUACCGGAGAGAAACCAUUUAAAUGUGAAAUUUGUGAUUAUGCAGGAAAUGACAGUGGUAAGCUGAAGACACACAUGAGAAGACAUACAGGAGAGAAACCCUUUAAAUGUGAUAUUUGUGAUUAUGAAUGUCAUAAAAAUGAUUACCUUAAGAUACAUAUGAGAAGACAUACAACAGAGAAAUGCUUUAAAUGUGACAUUUGUAACUAUGCAUGUAAUACAAGCAGUUAUCUGAAGAUACAUAUGAGAAUGCAUACAGGCGAAAAUUACAUCCAAUGUGAGGUUUGUGAUUAUACAUGUAAUCAAAGAGUUCUUUUGAAGAGACAUUUGAGAAUACACGAAGAGCAGAAACGCUUUAAAUGUGAUGUUUGUGAUUAUACAUGUAAUUACCAGUGGUAUCUUAAGACACAUAUGAGAAAACAUACAGGAGAGAAACAGUUUACAUGUGAUUUUUGUGAGUAUGCUUGUACAUCAGGCAGUAAUCUGAAGAGACACAUGAGUAAACAUACAGGACAGAAAAACUUUAAAUGUGGCCUUUGUGAUUAUGCAUGUAGUCUCAAAUGGUAUUUGAAGAGGCAUAUGUCUAAACAUACAGGAGAGAAACGCUUUAAAUGUGAUAUUUGUGACUAUGCAUGUAACAAGAGCUUGUACCUGAAGAGGCACAUGGUAAAACAUACAUGA